UGAAGGGUGCGCAGUUCGGGUAACGAUGGUGUCCUUGCUGGGUCGUUCAGGGUCUCUGUACCCUUACCUACACUCGGCUAAUUUUCUGACAUGUAGAUCAGUUACAGCUUCAGUUCCUGCUCUUCUAAAUACACCUGAUCUGCUGAACCAGAGGAAAUCCAGCAGGGAUGCUUCACACAAUGGCCAGUUUGGAGUCCGUUAUGCCCACACUGACAUCAAGAUUCCUGACUUCUCUGACUACCGUCGUACUGAGGUCAGAGAUCCAAAAAAAUCUUCCCAAGAGAGCAGUGACAGUCGCAAGGCUUUCUCCUACCUCUUCACAGGCUCCACUGCGAUUGUGGGGGUUUAUACCGCUAAGACCGCUGUGACUCAGUUCAUCUCCUCGAUGAGCGCCUCCGCUGAUGUUCUGGCCUUGUCCAAAAUCGAGAUUAAGUUGAGUGAUAUCCCAGAGGGAAAGAACAUGACAUUCAAGUGGAGAGGAAAGCCCUUGUUCGUCCGCCACAGAACCGAAAAGGAGAUUGCGUCUGAGGCCGAGGUCAACUUGUCAGAGCUCCGCGACCCACAGCACGACCGAGACCGUGUGGUCAAACCUUGCUGGAUGAUCGUCAUCGGGGUGUGCACUCAUCUUGGCUGUGUUCCCAUCGCAAACGCUGGAGACUACGGUGGAUACUACUGCCCAUGCCAUGGCUCACAUUAUGAUGCUUCUGGCAGAAUCAGAAAGGGACCCGCACCCCUUAACUUGGAGGUGCCAUACUAUGAGUUUCCUGAUGAUGAUACUGUAAUUGUUGGAUAAAUGUGGACAUUUUUCCAAAUACUACAUAAUACUAAAUGUGUCUGGCCUAACUAAUAAAUACUUUAUCAACUCAAA